AACGCCAAAACAUUACUUUCAUAUUUUUGACUUGAUUUAACUUCCCAACACAUUCCGGAUUCCAAGAGAUUUGCCCGAAUCAUGUUGUUUCUGAAGGACAAGCGUCCUAAACUGGACUUGGCCGAGCACACGGUGAUCAUACCGAGCAUCUGCGUGGGCAAUGCGGCGCAGCUGGCCUGUGACCUGUUGAUUGCGUCCAAGGAACUCCGGCGCAUCGGAUCCCUCACACAUCCUGCCCUGAUCCCGGUCUACGGACCCUCCGCCUACCAGCACGAGCCCAAGGAAAAGGUCUCUUCCUGCGAACUCUACGAGGGUUCCGAGGACAAACUGCUGGUGGUCCAGUUCCGGGCGCCAUGGGUUGCCCGCCACACGGGCCACUUUCAGAAGGAACUGGUAGAGCUGCUCAAGGGCGCUCGUCGUGUGGUCAUCUUAAGCGGCAGCUUUGGUUUCGAAAAGCGUGUGAUCGAGGAGUCGCCAUGGGCUUACCGUGCCAGCGACAACUUCAAGGAAGCCCAUGCCGCCCAACUUGGAAACAGCGAGCUGAUCAAGUGGAAGGAGCACAAGGGCGAGGCUAUCUACGGCGGUGGCAAUGCCCUGCAGCUAUUCAAGGCCUUCGAUGAGCAAAAGGUUCCCGUCAUGCUCUUAUUCCGCUACCUCCUGGAAGGCGACAACUCCACAGAUGCUUCUCUGAUCGUUCGGGAACUAAACGAACUCUGCGAGGACUUCCUUCAGCUGCGCAACGGCGGCGAUGGCAGCUUUAAACUCACGGUGCCCAAGUCCUGGAACCUGCUCUUCGGCAACGAUGUCACGGAACUUUUGUUUUAGACGUGAACAUUUAUUUUUCGGUGGUUUCAAAUAAAUGUUAAUCUUUUGGUGUAGGAUAAAAGAGA